AACUCAACUGCUACCGCUACGUUCCCCCGAAAGCCCGAACCCUCUCAGCUCUCUUCUCUCUUUCUCUCUCUAUCGCUUGCUGGUUCGCUUUCUCUCUCUACCCUCAUUCUUCCUCUCCGAUCCGAAACCCACCUUCACCGCCUUCACUCUGCACAGAUCCUCCGUCUAUCUCAUCCUUCAACGGUGCUCUCUUAACCUUCCGAUCGGUCCUCCUCCUUUCUCCUCUGCGCUCCUCUCUCCAAUUCCACCUCUCUAGGGUUUCUUUGGGCCACACGUUUUUCCUUAGCAUCCGGUACACUUUCAUUUGCACUUCGAGCUAUUUUUCAUCCGCGUUUGGUUCCACCUGAAAACGAACACCGAAAAACCACGUAUUGCGAGGGAGAAAAAAAAAUCGAAUUAUAACUGAAUUUUUUGCCAGUGCCCUUUCAACUGGCUUGAAUGACAGUGCGGUGGUGUCCAGGCAAUGACUUCAAGCAUGUUGAGUGGGGAGCGAAGAUGGGCCUCUUCUUCCAGAAGAGGUGGUAUGACUGUUCUAGGGAAAGUUGCUGUUCCAAAACCUAUUAACUUACCCAGCCAGAGGUUAGAGAAACAUGGUUUGGACCCUAAUGUGGAGAUUGUUCCCAAGGGUACCCUCAGCUGGGGUAGUAGAUCAUCAUCUUCUGCAUCAAAUGCUUGGGGUUCCUCUUCUCUCUCUCCAAAUACUGAUGGUGGUGCUAGUUCACCCAGCCACCUCAGUGCUCGGCCAUCAUCUGGUGGGAGUGGUACAAGGCCUUCGACUGCUAGUAGUGAUAGGGCUCUCGAGUCCUGUACAAAUGCAUGGGGGUCAAGUUCUCGGCCUUCAUCAGCAUCUGGGCCGCUGACAUCAAAUCAGACUUCACUUGCAUCAUUGCGUCCUCGCAGUGCAGAGACAAGACCUGGUAGCUCACAGUUAUCUAGAUUUGCUGAACCCUCCACUGACAAUUCAGGUGCUUGGAGUGGUGCUAGGACCGCAGAGAAACUGGGAGUUUCUCAACCCAAGAGUGAUGGAUUUUCAUUGAGCUCUGGAGACUUUCCAACUCUUGGUUCUGAGAAGGACAAGUCUGCCCUGAAUUCUGAGUUGCAAGAUGACAGUUCUCAUGGCCGACCUAGCUCCUCCUCAGGACCACAGAAGGAGAAAAGUGAGGCCUCUAUUGUUGCUGAUGUUCCGGUGAAUGAAAAUAUGAAGGGUGGUGUGAUUGAUUCUUGGAGAAGGGAUCAUCAGUCUCAUGGAGAGGAUGACAUGAGGCCUGGGAUAGAGAAAUGGCAAGGAAAUACCCAGCCUUACCCUAAUACUUCUGUUCCACCUCAACACUAUGAUGCCUGGCAUGGUCCUCCAGUAAAUAAUCCUCAAAAUGGUGUUUGGUUCCGGGGUCCUGCUGGUGGGCCCCCAUUUGGAAAUCCUGUUACUCCUGGUGGCUUUCCUAUUGAACCAUUUCCUUAUUAUCGUCCAGGCAUUCCACCAACUGGUCUUGUCAACUCACCACCAGUUCCCCCUCCUGGGAAUGGACCAAGAGGGCACCCUAAGAAUGGAGAUGUCUUUAGGCCUCAUAUGCCUGAUGCGUAUAUUCGUCCAGGCAUUCCUAUGAGACCUGGAUAUUUUCAUGGUCCAAUGGGCUUUGAGGGAUACUAUGGUCCUCCUAUGGGCUACUACAAUUCAAAUGAACGAGAUGUACCCUUCAUGGGAAUGGCAGCUGGACCACCUGUUCAUAAUAGGUACCCAAAUCAAAAUCUUCCUGAGCCUGCCAAUUCACAAGGUAAACCUGGUGGGUAUGGUAUUGCUGGAAAGCCGUUGGCCUCUGAGCAAGUGGGAUCCAGCCAUCCUCCUGAGACUGCUGUGCCAUACAGAGUUCUUCUUAAGCAACAUGAAUCUAAUGGAAAAAAUGAGAGAGUAAAUUGGGAGGAUUCAGAGACAACCAAUGCAUCAUAUAGGGACCGACCAAGAAUUGCAGUCUGGGAGAAUGAGCAGAGAUCAAACUAUAGAAAGAAUGAGAUGGAUUUGAGGAAGAGUGCUCAUGGUGAAGAACCACCUUCUCAGGCUUUGGAAAAUCAAGUAUCUAGUUCAUCUGUUACUCUUAAGGCCAAGUUUCCUGACAGUUCAGGAAACAUUAAGAAGCCUGGUGAUAUUUCGCCAAGGAAAUUAGAUCGUGGUAAUGCUGCCUCUGGUGUGCUAGAAACUCCCCCAAGAUCAUCUGCUCCAAAAGAUGCCAGUCUGAUUAAGAAGAUAGAGGGUUUGAAUGCAAAAGCCAGGGAUAAUUCAUCUGCUAGAAACAGAGAUGAGCAAAGAAAUAAAUUUCAUGCCAAUAGUGCUUCAGUGAACAAUGUGAAGGAAGCUGGUGCUGGUGGUGUGUUUCCUGCUAGAACUCCUGCCACUGAUGUCAUAAACCCACCUCAUCAUGAAGUCAGUGCCUCUGGUGGAGAAAAGAAUUUCGAUUCCUUAUCUGCCAGUGGACCAACAUCAUCCAGGCAAAUUGCUCGUGGCAUGCAAAGUAGAGGUGACCACCGUAACAAGGGAAAAACAAGCAAUGAAGAUGUUGAUGGUUGGCGAAAGAAACCUGAGUUUGCUGAUAUCUCAGCUUUAUCAGGUGCACAGUUGGAAGCAACUAAUCUUCUUAUUGGUGACCAUCAGAUCUCUGUUGAGAGCUAUGAUAGGUCUGGCUCAUAUAAUCCAGUAAGGCAUGAUGGAGAAUCUGUUCAAACCAGGUCUGAACCAAUUGAUAGCCAUGAUCAGCGUGCCAAAAUGAAAGAGUUGGCCAAGCAGCGGACUAAGCAACUGCAGGAGGAAGAGGAGGAGCGAAUAAGAAAGCAAAAGGCUAAAGCUCUUGCAAAGCUGGAUGAGUUGAAUAGACGUUCUCAAGCAGUGGAAGGUCCAACUUCAAAAGAGUCUGCUACAACGUCUGACAUCCCCAAUAAGCAACAAGAAUUACAGCCAUCUGAUUCAGCAAUUGUAUCAGGAAAAUUUGGAGUUGUGAGUUCGGCUUUAAAUUCUGAUGCUAAGGCUAUCCCUCAUAUUAAUGAUAUUAGCAUUAAUAAAGUUGAAAAGUUACCCAUCUUGUCCAGUGAGCCACCUUCAGAGACCCAUGUGAAUUCUGGCAAAGAGGCUGUUCUGAUUCAUAAUCAGUCAAUGAACUUGCAACAAGAUGUUAAGAGUGCUGAUGGCAUGAAUGCCUUACAGUUUCACAAUAAUAUUACCUCAAAGCAGAAGCGAACAAGCUAUAAACAAAAGCAGAAUCUUCCUUCAGAGAAAACUGGGAGUGAAAAGGUUGCAUCUUCCACUUCAUUUGGCUCAAAGGCCGAGAAUGAUUUAGUGGUUGAUAUUUCUGUAUCUUCUGGCAAUGUUAUCCAUGAAGUUGGUUCAACUGGGGGAUUGAACAUGCCCAUGAAUUCAGCUACUAUGAUUGAUUCCUCUGUAAACCAGAGAAAGAAGAAUACCAGGAAUGGGAAAAACAAACAAAAAUUUGAAGAUAGUUCUUCUGCAUUACCAUUGGCACCAAAAGAAGCUAAUAUUUCAAAAAGCUUUGUCGAAAUUGAUAAGGCCAAGGUUGCCAACAUUGAGUUAGAACAGGGUCCAGUUCAACCAUCAUCCUUGUCUAAGGAUUCAACUCAAUUUUCAGAGCAUCACAGACAUUCAGCAAGUGAGGAAGCCCAUGCUAAAAUGAAUAGUCAGUGGAAACCUCAGCAUUCUCGUAGGCCAUCGAGAAAUAUGCAAGCUACUAGACCAGCAGAGAAAUCUCAUGGGAGUGAUGCAGUGAUGUGGGCCCCUGUGAAACACCAUAAUAAGACUGACGUGGAUGAAUCAGAUGAGAAAACCAAAGCAGAGGCAGUCAAUACUGAGAAGAGUGAUCAGCAGGUGCAUAAUUUUAAAAAUAAGAGGGCAGAAAUGGAGAGAUAUGUUCCAAAACCUGUUGCUAAAGAAAUGGCUCAGCAAGGAAGCAUCCAACAACAGGUGGUUUCAUCAGUCAAUCAGGCUCCAUCAGAUGGGAAUGUUGGAAGAGUUGAUUCUGUUUCUGUGGGUCCACAGAUUGCUCAGGUAACUGAUUCAAUUGUUGGAAAAGUGACCCAUGGAAUGGAGCCUAAAAAUAGAGAUGGCAGGCAUGCUAAGCAGGGUAAAGCGCAUGGAUCUUGGCGGCAGCGGAAUCAAAUGGAAACAACUAAUGUGCAUGAUGUGCGGGGUGGACUGGACAUUGAUUCAAACUCUGAACCAAUUGUUCAGGGACAAACAGAAGAUCGUGGAGAUCCUAAGUCUGAAAUAAACUUAUCAAAGGGGCAAUCAAUGCAAAUUAAUAACUAUAGUGAUCUUAAUGGUUCAAACAAUCCUGUCAAUCAUGAUUCAGCUGCUCAUGUUUCUGUUCCUGUUAUUAAAGAUCAUGGAGCAACAGGCAGAGGUAGGCGGGUUCCUUUCAGAGGACAUAAGGGUGGAGGGAUGAACCAUGAUGUGGAUCAUAAGAAAAAUGAUAGAGAGUUGGAGAGAAAUGAAAUACCCACUUCAUCCUCUGAGCCUAGUCAACCAGAUAUCGGUGCUGCUGCUUUGAAAGAAAAUCGAAAUGUUGGAGAACGCUUGACUUCUCACUGGCAACCCAAAUCUCAGGCUUCAAAUAAUCAGAGGGGAAACAAAUCCAGUGAUCUAAAUGUCGAUUCAGUUGUGGUUGGAGUUAAAAAAAAGGAUUCCUGUUGUGAUGAAGAAUCAAUUCCAGCCGCUGAUGACAAUAUGUCUAAUGCUCAUGUAGCUCAACCUCACAAUGAUCAAUCAGUCUUGGACAAGAGCAAGGCCAGAGAAACUACACAUUUUGGGAACCAAGAUUCUAAAAGAGAGAGGAAACAUGUGCCAGCAAGGAGGCAUCCCAACUCCUCAAAUCAGGGAAAUGUUAGCUUGGUUGAGCAAUCUCCCACAUCUAUAGAUCAGAGGCAUGAUCACCGCCCAUUCUCUGGCUUUGGCAAAAAUGGAAACCUAAACAGGUUUGGAAGAGGACACGAGCCUCGUGGAGAUUGGAAACCACCUGCCCAAGAUAACAGGCACUAUAAUCAAUCUACAAACAGGGAGAGGCAGGGCCCAAACCUGCAUUAUGAGUACCACCCUGUCGGACCAUAUGAUGGCAGCAAAUCAGACAACAUAGAACGGCCUAAAGAUGGUAAUCAUGCUGGUGGAAGAUUUAGGGAUCGAGGUCAACCUCAUUCCCGGCGAGGUGGGGGAAACUUCUAUGGACGCCAAGCUGGUGCUGAUUAGAUGCUUUGGUAAUCAGUAGUUGGAAUUAGUCUGCGUGUUCCAUCAGAAGCCAUACAUCCAUUAACUUUGCUGCUUAAUACAGCCGUGUUUUCAGGGAGGGCUAGAAGUGAAGAUGGUACCCUCUUUUUUGUAGGGCGGGGCUAAGAAAAGGUUUGAUGGUUAUUGCUGUAAUAUUGUAGUGCUCUGUGGUGGAUGGUUAUUUUUCUAAUGUAAUUGAAAAUAGUAUUUGAUGGCAUUUUAUUUUUAAUGGAGCACUUGUCCUGUUUCAACGAGCCUCUUUUCAGGCACCAGAGAGAACGGGUGUUUUGUGUGCCAUCUGCUCAUAUGAGAUGCGUUCCAGGCCUUACGCAGUUUGAGGAAGAAAAUGAUUAUUUCCCCAUAGCUAAAGACUACCAAGUAAUUCAGCAAAGAAGCAAGCAAAUGAUUGGUGUUCGCAGUGUAUUUCUUAUUUUGAUAUGCGUUUUGAAUAAUUUUUUUCGAGCGUUGAAAGCUUAAUUAGUCAUUUGGAAUGAAUAGUUCCCAGUUUAUCCUGACCUCAAAUGUCUAAGCUUCCAUUUUCGUUGUGUCUAAUAUCAAUAGGCAUUUGAAAAAAAGAUUUCGUUUU